AAACAAAGCAAUACAUUUUUCUAUUAAAAAAUGAAUAAUAAAUUAACAAAAUCAAAGGAAAACAACGAAAAUUUGUGUCCAACAACGAGAAAACGUUUACCUAGCAAAAGUGCGACACAAACACCAACGUGGAAAUUGGCCAAACUUGAAAGUACUUCAUCGCCGUCUGCGCUUACAAACGACUAUUUAGAAGAAAUGGGUAUUGGUAUGUUAGAUUCGGAGGAAAGUUCCUCAUCGGCGGCAUCGGCCAUUGCCUUAGCGGUUGCCAGUGCCGAUGAAAAUUCCAAUGAGGCCACACCCAAUUUGGAUGCACCGAAAUUUUGCCACCAACAAAGGCAAAUCUAUCUUAACAUGGAUACAUCAUUGCUGGAUACAACAAACGAUAAUGCCAGUAAUCACAGUUUUUUAGAUCCCAAUGACACCUCGACCUCCAUACAAAGUGGAAAAUCCAUACAUGGUGGGCAAUCAUUGAAACCACAUCCCUUGAGCAUCAACAACAAUUCAAAUUCAUCAUCAUCGUUUGACAUUUACACAGAUGAACAGGGACAACAAACAAUACAGAAGACGACAAAUAAGAUCAAUGACAAAUUUCCCAUGCCAAAUAAUACGGCGCCGCUUGUUACCACCCAUCAACAGAAGAAAAUUGCCAUUUUAGGAAUGGGUGCCGGGAAUGUGGUUUCCGGCUCCAUUGCAUCUGGUAAUAGUAAUUCACCAUCUUCGGCUGGAAAAAAUACCAGAAGUCCAUUGGCCACAGUGGCAUGUAAUAGUUUUCUCAGAAAUGCCCAAUUACAACAGCAGCUUUUACUACAACAACAACAACAGCAGCAAUUGCAAUUACAACAGAAUACUUUCAACAAUUCCAUACAGCAAAGAUCACAUUCACCAUCAAUGAUGCCAUCUACAAGUCAACAGGCAGCUAUAUUAAAACACCAACAACAGCAACAAUUACAAAAACAAUACCUUCAGCAGCAGCAUCAACAACAACAGCAACAACAAUUGCAACAUACCGCCCAUAUUGUGGCACAGACACCUCGAUUCGCCCCCUCCGACACAUUCUUUUUGUUUCGCAAUCAAACGAUGCGUGAACGUAAUCCCGAUGGCAAAGAUCAUUUCAAUACCCUAUCAGAUGAGAUCAUUUUACAAAUAUUCAAAUGGUUACCCAAGAAAACACUGUUACGUUGCGGCUAUGUGUGUCGUCGUUUCAAUCGCUGUGCCAGCGAUGAAUCCCUGUGGACUCGAUUAGAUCUGGGAGGUCGUUCGAUUAAAGCCGGUGCAAUGGAAAAUAUUCUAAAGAGGGGUGUGGUCAUAUUGCGAUUAGCUCAAGCCGAGCUCAAUCAUCCCGUUUUUGAACCACGUUUUCUAGAAGCUGAACCGAAUUUCGAAUCGAAAUUACAGUAUUUAGAUCUUAGCAUGAUAACCAUAACAAAACCAUCACUUAAAAUGUUACUUACACGCUGUCGCCAACUAAAGAAACUAAGUCUGGAACAUGUUGCCCUCAACGAUGAGAUAUGUAAUGAAAUUGCCAAAAAUACCGGUUUGGAGGCCUUAAACUUAGCCAUGUGUUCCGGUUUGGAAGCCUGGAGUGUAAGGAAAAUUAUGGAAUCAUUGAAACAGUUAAACAGUUUAAAUAUAUCAUGGACAAAUUUAUCGGUUGAUGCGGUUACAUCUCUGGUAACAAAUGUAACACCAAAUUUAAUGAGACUCAAUGUGGCUGGGUGCCGCAAAACCAUGUUUGACUCACAUUUAGCAAGCUUAGCCAAACGUUGUACACAACUGCUGGAAUUAGAUUUAUCCGAUUGUACUGGAUUAACUGGAAAUGCCAUAAGUAUUAUAUGUAAAUUUAAGAUGCUCGAAUACUUAUCAUUAUCAAGGUGUUAUCUAAUACCUGCCUCUGCAUAUAUUGAAUUGCGCAACAUGCCUACACUAACAUAUCUGGAUAUAUUUGGAAUGCUAACAGAUUCAGCAUUGGAAAUGCUGGAGCAUACCUUUUCAAAAAUUGGCAUUAAUAAAUUUAUACACAGUUCUGUGGCACGUCCCACUGUUGGUACCCGACGAACAUCAAUUUGGGGUCUACGUACAAGAGAUUAGUUUUAUAAUCUUUUGUAUAACUAA